AUCAAACCAUUGAAACAAAAAAACAAAGAGCCGUAGUAUCGAACUCAGCUCCACAAAAUCCUUGUAUUUUCUAUCCAUGGCCACGCUCUCUUUUUCCUCCCCCAAUCCUGUCUCCUCUUCCUUUUCUUCAUGGUCUUCAACCAUCCAUUUCUUUCCUCAACUAUCUCUAACGAAACAAGAAAUCCCCACCCUUUUCCGUUACAGUUCUAGACGUAGAAAGCUUUUUUAUCAACCCACAAGGCUCCUUCUCCACCCUGUUUUGCUGUUCAGUGGCUUUGAUAAGCCCUUGGAUACCCAAACUUUUCUUGCCACUAUUAGUGUUUUGGCCGCCAUUGCACUCUCCCUCGUUCUUGGCCUCAAGGGUGAUCCUGUCCCAUGUGACCGUUGUGCUGGGAAUGGUGGUACAAAAUGUGUCUUCUGUGAAAAUGGUAAGAUGAAGCAAGAAACAGGCUUGGUUGAUUGUAGGGUGUGUAAAGGUGCAGGAUUGAUACUUUGCAAGAAGUGUGGAGGUUCUGGAUAUUCAAGACGUUUGUAAGCUGUGGUUCUGCUUGCAACAGUCUUAUGUAUAUUUUUAUCCAUAAAGCUAAUUUACCAGUGCUUUUAUUCAUUCAUUAAAUCACUUCCUUUUUUUCCCAUUGUCCUUUUCUCUUCUAUAUCCAACAAUGUAAAUCUGACUAUCUGAAUGUGUAAUUACUAACAAAAGUUGUAAAGUUCUUUGUGAUUUUGUUGGAUGUGAAUAAUUCUGAUUCUUCUUAAAGCCA